AUGCAGGACCCGGGGGCUACUUCGGAGAUCCCACAAAGCUCAAGCCCCCUGAAGCGGCGGCGACAAGAGCGCACGGUGUACACCGCUGAACAGCAGCAGGAGCUGAAGAAAUACUUCAAAACCAACCGGUACCCAACCUACCAGGAUCGCCAGGCCCUGGCGGAUAGGCUAAUGCUGCAGGAGCACCAAGUGCAGGUGUGGUUCAAGAACCAGCGAGCCAAGUUCUCCAAGCUGCAGAGACUGUCCAGGGGCCGAGCAUAUGACACGGCUUUUGCCCAAGUCCAUCCUCCUGUCAACCCAAUGAUUCCAGAGGUCCCAGAUUACAGCAAACCGGGACCCCCGACCUUGGCCCCUUCAAAUAUUGGCCCAGCAUUCCAAGGGGGCCCAGAUUUCAGCAACCCAGGAACCCCAGCCCUGGCUCCUUCAAUUGUGCCUCCAGUGUUCCCAGGGGGUCCAGAUUUCAGCAACCUGGGAACCCCAGCACUGGCUCCUUCAACUAUGGCCCUUGCUGUGGUCAAGGGCUUCUUGACCUCAGCGCUUCUGUGA